AUGAGGUUUAAACUAACGGUCAACAGUGCUAGGAGGGCAACGAGGACAUUAUGGUUCCUUAUGCUGGUGAGCCUGUCUAUCAGCAUCUGUGUUUGCAGAGCAUCAACUCAAGAGGAGGACAGUGCCAUGGAGAACAUCGUUACAGAGAAGAAGGCGGAGGAGAGCCACAGGCAGGAUAGUGCAGACUUGCUUAUCUUCAUUAUGCUCCUCACCCUUACGAUCUUAACUAUUUGGCUUUUCAAACACCGGCGAUUUAGGUUUUUGCAUGAAACUGGACUGGCGAUGAUCUAUGGCUUACUGGUUGGUGUGGUCCUACGCUAUGGCAUCCAUGUGCCACGUGACAUUAGUCAUGUCACCAUGAACUGCCAUUUUAAUGCUAGCCCUGCCACCCUGCUGGUGAAUGUCAGUGGCAAAUUCUAUGAGUACACCCUGAAAGGAGAGAUCGGUGCUAGUGAGGUCGACGAUGUGCAGGAUAAUGAAAUGCUGCGCAAGGUGACCUUUGACCCAGAAGUGUUCUUCAACAUCCUUCUACCCCCAAUCAUCUUCCAUGCCGGCUACAGCCUGAAAAGGAGACAUUUCUUCCGAAACAUGGGAUCCAUCCUUGCUUAUGCUUUUCUAGGGACAGUCAUUUCCUGUUUCAUCAUUGGAUCGCUUAUGUAUGGCUGUGUGAUGCUGAUGAAGCAGGUGGGGCAGCUGGAUGGGGACUUUUUCUUCACUGACUGUCUUUUCUUUGGCGCUAUUGUCUCUGCCACAGACCCUGUGACGGUCUUGGCAAUCUUCAACGAGCUACAGGUGGACGUGGAUCUGUACGCCUUGCUUUUUGGAGAAUCAGUUCUCAAUGAUGCAGUGGCUGUUGUACUGUCCUCAUCUAUAGUCGCCUACCAGCCACAGGGGGACAACACCCACACCUUCGAGGUCAUGGCCAUGCUGAAGUCCUUUGGGAUUUUUCUGGGGGUCUUCAGUGGCUCCUUUGCUCUGGGAGUGGCCACUGGGGUUGUCACCGCACUCGUGACCAAAUUCACCAAGCUGAGAGAUUUCCAGCUGUUGGAGACCGCACUAUUCUUCCUCAUGUCCUGGAGUACAUUCCUACUGGCAGAAGCCUGUGGCUUCACAGGUGUUGUGGCAGUGCUCUUCUGUGGAAUCACCCAGGCCCACUACACCUUCAACAACCUGUCCCCAGAGUCCCAGGACAGGACUAAACAGUUGUUUGAACUGCUGAAUUUCCUGGCAGAGAAUUUUAUAUUCUCCUACAUGGGCCUGACCUUGUUCACCUUCCAGAACCACAUCUUUAACCCCAUGUUUAUCGUCGGGGCUUUUCUGGCGGUGUUCCUGGGCAGAGCUGCCAACAUCUACCCUCUCUCUCUCCUUCUGAACCUGGGACGACGCAAUAAGAUCAGAUCUAACUUCCAGCACAUGAUGAUGUUUGCCGGACUGCGCGGGGCCAUGACCUUUGCCCUGUCCAUCAGAGACACAGCUACAUACGCCCGUCAGAUGAUGUUUUCCACCACUCUCCUAGUGGUCUUCUUCACUGUCUGGAUUUGCGGAGGUGGCACCACCCAGAUGCUGUCCUGCCAGCACAUACGAGUGGGAGUGGACUCGGACCAAGAUAACUCUAUGAGUAUUGGUGAAGGCUCAGAAAGGAGGAGCACCAAACAAGAAAGUGCCUGGCUUUUCAGAAUCUGGUACAACUUUGACCACAACUACCUGAAGCCUAUCCUGACUCACAGCGGCCCUCCUCUCACAGCCACGCUGCCUGCCUGCUGUGGCCCCCUGGCCCGCUGCCUCACCAGCCCUCAGGCUUAUGAGAACGAGUGCCAGCUGCAGGAUGAUGACUCUGACCUCAUCCUGACGGACGGUGACAUUAGCUUGACCUACGGUGACAUCACGGUCAGCACCGACGCCACUGGUGCCCACACCAGUGUUGGGCCAGUGGGCACUGGGGCUGGCGCCAGCACCUCUGAAGACCUGGAUAGAGAGCUCACAUACGGGGACCAUGAGCUGGUGAUGAGAGGCACACGGCUGGUACUUCCUAUGGAUGACUCAGAGCCACCCUUUACAGACCCACACCACCGUCUACGGAUGUGA